AUGGGUGUUGUGCCUGAAAAGAGUACAACAGCAUUGUGUUCAUACUCUGCUCUAGGACAUGCAGAUUACAUAGGUUGUUUUGUAGAAAAUGGAAUGUUUCCUUAUACAUAUGGAGACAGACAUUUUGAGAGUUUGACUAUAGACUUCUGUUUACUUGGAUGUGCAGAUGAUGGGUUUAAAUAUGCCGGAAUGAUGUCUCGACAAUGGUGCCAAUGUGAUAAUGACCUGUACUCAGAUACAACGGGUUCUAAGGUCAGCGAUUCAGAAUGUGAUACACCGUGUUAUGGGAACGGGUCACAAAUGUGGGGCGGAGACUUUAUGCUAUCUAUAUAUCGUAUCAGUAAGGUUUAA